AUGUCGGUAGUUACCCCUCUUGCCAAUGCGCUCACACACUCUUUUACAUCUACAGAGUUUGACGAGUGCAGAGUUUUUCAGACCACUCCAUGGAGGUUGAUUUCCGCGAUCUUAGGAGUAGUGUGUCUUUUGUUGAUGGCUACUUUGGGAAUUUUGAUUGAAAGUGUGAUAAAACCAUUUAGCAAGACAGGACCCACCAAAGGACUCCAGGAAGAUUCUGACUGCUGUUCUUGUCCAGAGAAGUGGAUUGGGUACCAAUGCAGCUGCUAUUUCAUUUCUAAUCAAAGGAAAACCUGGGCAGAAAGUAGGAAUUCCUGUGCUUCUCAGAAUUCCAGUCUACUUUGGCUGAAAAACAGAGAUGAAUUGGAUUUUUUGAAAUCUAAACCACGCUAUUACUGGAUUGGACUCUCUUAUAACGAAACGCGUGGCGCCUGGGUGUGGGAGGACGGCUCUGCUCUCUCCCGGGAUCUAUUUUCAAUAUCUCAACUUUCAAAUCCAAAGAACUGCAUUUCGUACCGUCAAAGUGGAGAAACUUUGAGUGAAAAGUGUGAGGCAAAAAAUCGUUAUAUCUGUCAGCAGCAGCCUAUUUAA